ACAAUCCAUUUACUCAUCUCCUUUCUUGGAGUUUGAGCCCCAGCUCGUCUACCAUGCCAACCACUACAUCGAUGGCCUGGUCAUGGACACAGACAAGCAGCGUUUAUUCUGGACGGGAUACACCCACAAUGGGUCAGGGGUCAUUGCCAGGCUACAUCUUCAGAGAGGGAAGGAAUCUUAUCAUGAGAUUAUGGAGGGCCUGAACAAUCCCAGGGCAAUACAUCUUGUCCCAGAUAAAAAGUCAGUGUGCCAGAUAUAUACAAUAAACCUUUUAAAAAAUUUGUUCAUUAGCCAUUCACAAUGUAUUACAUAAUCAUUAAGCUUUUGAAUAAUACAUUUGGCACUUAAAGAAAAUAAAAUCAGUAUCUAUUAAGUAACACCUAUAUAUAUAUUUUCUUACAGUUCAGCACUGUACUAAUCAAUGCACAACAUGAAGCUGUUUUCACUUAAUAGAAAUAUAUAAAUUAAUAUCAGCAUCCAUGCCAUCUACAUUGAGAGCUCUCAUGUCAUAUCCUUUGUUGCAAUAGAAUUAUUUUCUGGACUGAAUAUGGAGGUAAGAGUGGACCGGCUUGUGUCCAGAGGGCAAAGAUCAGUGGACGCAACCCUAAAAUGUUGAUGUCUCACCGCUUGUUCUGGCCUAAUGGACUUGCUACUCAUCAUCAGACUCUGUUUGUGGCUGAUGGAGCUGGGAAAGUAUUCUCUAUGGAUUUUGAAGGUUUGGCUAAAUUUUUUUAUGUGACCAAGUGUAAGGAAAUACAAUUGAAUUUUUGUAUGACUAUGUUAAUUUAUAAAAGUUUAUGAGAUACCAGAUGACAGGUUGGAGAUUAAUCCGGCAUUGAAGAGUAAAUAAAAAAAUAUUAUGAUAAUUAAAUGUGUAAACUACAUUUUUUUAAUUAUGUUUACAUAAUUCAAAUUAAAAAAAUACAGAUAAAUAAUUGAGAUAUAUUAUAUCGCAUGUGAACAACAUGAGGCUAAAAAAUCAUUUCUUGUAAAUGCUAUUAAAAUUUCAAAUAUAUCUUUUAUUUUUAUAACUACCCCAACAUCAUGAUAAAAGAAGAAAAUCUUAUUAAAAGAGUUUAGCAAAGCUUUUGGUAAAAAGAUGCACACUUGUGAAAAACAAUUUUUUAAAAACCUGUUGAUUAAUAUGAAUUUUAUUGUUAAUGGAAAAACUGUGUGAUAUCUUUAUAAUACUAAUCAAGAAUUUGAUGUCUUUUUCCAGGGGAAAAUCAGCAAGAGUUAUCUUAUCUGACAGGUCCAGCUUUACAUAUCUUUGGCCUCUACGUCAUGGACACUGUCUUAUUUUACUCUGACUGGUACACCAACAGUGUGUACAUGGUUAACAGGGUGACUGGAAAAAUUGACACCAUUGUUAGCCAUCUUUCACGCCCCACAAGUAUUGCUGUCUACCAUCCCACCAAUCUAACAGGUCAUUGACGAUACCGUUGAUAUUAAGAACACGGAUUACCUUAUGUUCCACAUUAUUUACAUCUUAUAUUUUAAAUGCCAUAUUUUCAUUCUAAAUUAAUUUUUUUUAACAAAUCGUACACCAAUUUGUUUGUUUUAAAGAGCUUUAUUUUAUUUUUUUCCUUAAAGUCAGUAGUUAAAACAAUCUCUUCAAAAGGGUCAGAGAUCUUUAUUUUGAUUGUGUAGGAAAUUUUUGUGAUGAAUGAAGAGUACAAAGAUAUUGCUGACAACAUCCAGAGUUAAUUCUCUGAUUAUUUAUUUUUCAGUUCUCAAUCAGUGCUCACAGGAAGGGAAAAGGUGUACGCAAACAUGUGUACCUGUGCCAAGGUCAUUCCACUGUACAUGCGCUGUAGGGUCCAAGCUGGCGUCUGAUGGAUUUACCUGCAUCACAAGUAAGCUCAAGAGAUUAAUUGAAAGUGAUUUUCUAAAAUUAUGAUAAUUUUUUUUUUGGUAAGGAUAUAUAUUUGUGAUUAGACAGUAAUGAAAUGAAAUAAUUUAGUAUGAAAUAUGGGAGGAAGGAUAACCCAUUUUUUAUGUUAUCAGAAAUGAAUUAUUAUUCUCUUUUUACAUCAUAGUGGUUAGUCCAUGGGAGGUUACUGAAGAAUCAAAGUGUGACAACCAGUGCCAUGACAAUGCCUAUUGUUCUCAGCUAGUUCCCUUGCUUGAGUACCAAUGUGUUUGUAAAGCAGGUUAUGAAGGAGAUGGUCUGAGAUGUUCAGGUAAUUUAUUGGUGACUUUAGCUUUCAACUGUUUGCUUAAAGUUUUUUUUUAAGUUAGCGACUUUCAAAAAUUGUAUUAAAUAAAAAUUCUUCAUAGCUACUGCAGCACUUUUUUAAAAGUUAAAAAAAACUAACUAAACCGCCAUGUUUCAUAGGCAUGUGUACGCUAAUCUUGUAACCAUUUCUCACUUGGUAUCCCCAGAGUGUGGAGAAGAUUUUUAUAAACCACUACUGGGCAACGACACUUGUUAUCCCUGUCCUCCUGGCGCCAGCACCCAGGCAAGCAAGACAGCCACUCAGUGCUUCUGUGAGGAUCCUCAACUCUCACUGAUCAAUGGGGUCUGCUCUGGUAAACUCAAUUAGUUUUGGAACCAGUGCCUAAAACCCUAGGGCUUGUUGUUUUUUUUUUUUACAUAACAUUAAUUUUUUUUUGUUAAGAAACAAUCAAAUCUGUUCAACUAUUUUUAUUAAUGUUUAUAAACAAUGUUCAUUGAUUCAAGUGUUGUUAAACCUUAUUUAGUCCUUGACAUAGCCAUGUUUCCCAACUUUCAGAUGCCACAACCACAGUGAGCACAACAAUUGUGAGCACAUCUCCACCUAUAGAAAUUGUCACUGACAGAAUUUUUGCAAUGACGACACCAGAUGAAGAUGAUACCACUGAGCUUACAGAGAGCAGUGCAGAGGAAAUGCCUGGUAACUUACUUGGGUUCAAUACCUUUCUGUCUGUAAUCAAAUUUACUAAGAUUCAUUCACACCUUAGUCCCAUUAACAAAGUAAAUCCUGGGUAAUCCAGUUCAAGUAAUAAUAAGCACUAUAAAUAGCCUCUUGCUUAUUUAAUCCCACUGCAAUCCUUGUUUUCAUUAUCAGGCUUGCCUUCUUUGUCCGGCUGCCCACAUGGAGCCAUCAUGAAGAUGAAACUCCCAGAAACGAGCAACAAAAUAUUUCUUCCCAUCAACUGGACAGCCAGGGAUGGUUUCGGCAGGGACCUACAAAUGAUAUCAAACUUUGGUAUAUCAGACAACAAAAUCAUCAUUCCCUGGAUAGCCAAUGGCAAUGGAGGACAGCACACGAUUGUGUUUGAGGCUAAAGACAACUGGAUGCAGGUCACAACCUGCCAAUUCCAGGUUUUCAUAGAAGGUAAAGCCAGGUUAAUAGUUCCUCUUGUUACUCUGAGCCCAGACACCCUUAGCCUAGAUACCCUUAGCCAAGAUACUCUUAGCCAAGACACUCUUAGCCAAGACACUCUUAGCUGAAAUACUCUUAGCCGAAAUACUCUUAGCUAAGAUACUGUUAGCCAAGAUACUCUUAGCCACAAUACUCUAGGCCAAGAUACCCUUAGCCAAGACACUCUUAGCCAAGAUACUCUUAGCCAAGAUACUCUUAAACAAGCUACUCUUAGCCUUGUAACUAUUUGGUGUAUGUCAUAAAUACGCAGUACAAGCAGAGUUCUAUAAUGUAGUCAUUUAAAAAUUACUCUUUCAAAAUGAAAAAUUACUCUUUCUAAAUGAAUAAUUCUUGUGCUAAAAAUUGCAACAAAAAAAAGUGUGUGCAAAAUGAAUGCAGUUAUUUCAUUUGUUCUUUGACACUUUCAAAUAAACUUUUAAAGAACUUUGAUAAUUGCUUUUUGAAAUUUUAUUGUGAUCUUUAUAUUGCAGAUACAUCACCACCUAGAUUUUCAAACUGCCCACAAAGUAUUGAAAAGAAAACAUCCAUGAAUAGUGAGCCGAUCAGCUGGAUUCCCCCCAUAGCUAUGGACAACGCCCAUGAUCCAAUAGUGUCCAGCACGCAUGAACCAAAAAGUGAAUUUCAAAUUGGAACAACAGUUAUCACAUACACAGCCUUGGACUUGUCGGGGAACAUGGCCAACUGUACUUUCAAUGUGACAUUAAUAUAUGGUGAGUUUCAUUAGGGCAACUGUACCUUUAAUGGGACAUUAAUAUAUGGUGAGUUCAUUAGGGCAACUGUAUGUUUGAUGUGACAUGAUGAAUGGUGAGUUCAUUAGGGCAACUGUAUGUUUGAUGUGACAUGAUGAAUGGUGAGUUCAUUAGGGCAACUGUAUGUUUGAUGUGACAUGAUGAAUCGUAAGUUCAUUAGGGCAACUGUAUGUUUAAUGUGGCAUGAUGAAUGAUGAGUUAAUUAGGGCAACUGUAUGUUUGAUGUGACAUGAUGAAUGGUGAGUUCAUUAGGGCAACUGUAUGUUUGAUGUGACAUGAUGAAUGGUGAGUUCAUUAGGGCAACUGUAUGUUUGAUGUGACAUGAUGAAUCAUAAGUUCAUUAGGGCAACUGUAUGUUUAAUGUGGAAUGAUGAAUGAUGAGUUCAUUAGGGCAACUCUAUGUUUGAUGUUACAUCAUGAAUGAUGAGUUGAUUAGGGCAACUGGAUGUUUCAUGUGACAUGAUUAUUGGUGAGUUCAUUAGGGCAAUUGUAUGUUUGAUGUAACAUGAUGAAUGGUGAGUUCAUUACGGAAACUGUAUGUUUGAUGUGAAAUGAUGAAUGAUGAGUUCAUUAGGGUAACUGUAUGUUUAAUGUGACAUGAUGGAUGAGUUCAUUAGGGCAACUGUAUGUUUCCUGUGACAUGGUGAAUGAUGAGUUCAUUAGGGCAACUGUAUGUUUGAUGUGACAUGAUGAAUGGUGAGUUCAUUAGGGCAACUGUAUGUUUAAUGUGACAUGAUGAAUGGUGAGUUCAUUAGGGCAACUGUAUGUUUGAUGUGAAAUAAUGAAUGGUGAGUUCAUUAGGGCAACUGUAUGUUUAAUGUGACAUGAUGAAUGGUGAGUUCAUUAGGGCAACUGUAUGUUUGAUGUGACAUGAUGAAUGGUGAGUUCAUUAGGGCAACUGUAUGUUUCAUGUGACAUGAUGAUUGGUGAGUUCAUUAGGGCAAGUGUAUGCUUCAUGUGACAUGAUGAAUGGUGAGUUCAUUAGGGCAACUGUAUGUUUAAUGUGACAUGAUGAAUGGUGAGUUCAUUAGGGCAACUGUAUGUUUGAUGUGAAAUAAUGAAUGGUGAGUUCAUUAGGGCAAGUGUAUGUUUAAUGUGACAUGAUGAAUGGUGAGUUCAUUAGGGCAACUGUAUGUUUCAUGUGACAUGAUGAUUGGUGAGUUCAUUAGGGCAAGUGUAUGCUUCAUGUGACAUGAUGAAUGGUGAGUUCAUUAGGGUAACUGUAUGUUUGAUGUGACAUGAUGAGAUAUGAGUUUAUUAGGGUAACUGUAUGUUUCAUGUGACAUGAUGAUUGGUGAGUUCAUUAGGGCAAGUGUAUGUUUAAUGUGACAUGAUGAAUGGUGAGUUCAUUAGGGCAACUGUAUGUUUGAUGUGACAUGAUGAAUGGUGAGUUCUUUGGAUACUUUUACUUUUCAUUUUACUAUAUUAUAUAGUAAGUUAAUUUGGAAACUGUAUGUUUAAUGUAAUGAUCGUAUUGGGUAAGUUUAUGGGGAUAAAUGUGGGGUUGAUGUGAGAUUAAUUUACAAUGAGUCAAUUUGGCCAACUGUAAGUUUAAAGAUCAUUUGGCCAAGUUUAAAUAUUUCUUUCUUUUAUAAUUUUGUAAGUUAUCCUAGCUCAUGUACACCACAUAUUUCCAUUGUUUAAGUUACCCUAGCUCAUGUAUGCCACAUAUUUCCAUUGUUUAAGUAACCCUAGCUCAUAUACACCACAUAUUUCCAUUGUUUAAGUUAACCUUGCUCAUGUACGCCACACAUUUCCACCUCCAACAGAGCAGCCAUGCAAUCUGCCAGAGAUGAAGAAUGGAGUUUUUAUCUGUGAGUCCGGAGAUUCUGACAUCUGUCACAUUGCUUGCAAUGAAGGCUACAUCUCGAACCCACUGGGAAUGUUUCCAAGACCGUUUAGCUGUUUGGUGGAGAGUGACAUUCAGAAUCUUCUCAAGAUCAUGAAGAAAAGGGAACCUUGUCUGAGUAUGACUUUUUAUAAUAUAGAUGAGUCUUGUCAAAUUUCAAUUGAUAAAUUAAAUCAUUAUUUAAAUGAAACUUGGUAAAUUUUAUAUUGUACCGGGUAGUUAAACAAGACUUUGCUAGAUUUAAUUUUUUUUUUAAAUUUUCAAAUUAAUUAGUUUGAAAUGACCUGUUUAAAGAUAAAUUUUAACAAAUUUUUUAUUGAUAGGAGCUAAUAAAAAUAUAUCAAUAUUCUAUAAGUUUGUUUAAUAAAAUGUUAUUUUACUCACAGAACAGCGUAGGCCAACUAAGGCACAUCAAGAGUUUAGUUUGGCGUUCAAUGGACCAUGCCGUCCAAACAGUACCAGCAUAAAGGCUAUUUUAAAGGAAAAGGUUUGUGAACAUUGGAGAAUUUGCACAAUGGAUCUCAAAGUUUGUACUUCAUUCUCUGCAUCAAGUAAAAACUUUGAAAAUUGUAAUGAUUUGAAAGCCUGUUACUUGUUUAAUGUGAUAUAUUAAUGCAGCAAAAACCUUUUAAAAGGAGGAGUUCACAUGAAAUAGUGCUUUAGAUAAUUUUUGCUGAGAGUUGAGUAGUGUGACCUGGGUGCAAUCUUACAGUUGAUACCAAAAGCAUUAACCAACAAAAAUUUAAUAAUUUCUAGUCAUCGUUCUAGCCCAAUUAGGAAACAUUGCACCACCUCUUAAAGUACCACUGGCCACUACUAGAUCUUUGCAGCCUAUUCUUCUUUAUCUUUACCUCCAGAAAGACAAAUUUUUAGAUAAAUAAGGCACACAUUUUCUUGAUGAGGACAUUUUUUGUUGUUUAAAUACGAACAUUGACAAGAUAAAGACGUGUACAGACUAAGAUAUUUCUGUUAUAUACUAAUCUUUUGGUGUUGUUUACCUUUUAUAACAAUGUUAUAGACUAAUCUUAUAGUGUUGUUUACCUUUUAUCACAAUGUUAUAGACUAAUCUUAUAGUGUUGUUUACCUUUUAUAACAAUGUUAUAGACUAAUCUUGUAGUGUUGUUUACCUUUGAUAAUAAUGUCACAGGUGAUUUCCAAACUGGAAGAGAAAAGGUUAUGUUAUGGAGCCAUCUGCACCCAUAGCCCUAUAGCCAUUGUAUGUGGACCUGUGUUCAAGAGGAGGAGAUAUGCUGAGGAAAAGUUUAAUAUGACUUGGAAUGUAACCAUUGAAUACGCUCCAAAGUCAUAUGAAACAUAGUAAGUUAUACCUGCAUCUGAGACUCAAUCUGUUUCAGAUUUUUAAAAAAAAAUGAAGUUUGAGAAAUAUGUAUUACUUCAGCUUCAUUCAAAUUAUAUUAGAAUCUGAAUCCAUGACUGAAUCCAUGACAUCAAAUCUGAUGCCUAUUUAUUUUAGUAUUAAGUUAAUUGUAUUGUAAUUUGCUCUCUUUAUAAAAAAAUAAAAUAAUUCAUGUCAUAUUAUUUAGAACAUAACACACACACCCUUCUUUGACAUUUAACAAAUAUCUUGCUUGACUCAUGCAAAUUAAAUAAUAAAUCUAAUAAAUUAAAUACAUCUCCUUCUAAUAAACUUUCAUCUAUAAACCAAACAAAAUACCAAAAAGUAAAGAAUCUUUUUGUGUAAUGUAAUACUAGGGCUUAGCCAGGUGUGGUUUUUUUACACCGGGUCCAGGUAUUUUGAGAAAAUACCUGGUGAGAAAAUACCUGGUGGGUCAGAGUGUUAAGCAAACAGAGUUAACUGCUCAUUUUCUAUAAACAAUAGUCCUACAGACAGUCCUUAGAUAGUCCUAUUCACACAAAUUUUAUCACACAUUUCUCAGCUCACAAGGGUAUUAUCUAUUAUCUUUGACAUAUUUUUAAAUUCUUUUAUAAUUAAAUAUUUGUGGUAUAACUGGCAACAACAUUUGAAAACCUAAAUUACUUACCUCAGUAUUUUUACUUCCUCCUGGCAGUACUGGCUUCAGUCCUGGCCAAGUGAAACAAAUUGUUACAGACAUGAAGUUUGAACUGAAAAAACUGGCAGCUCACCUUAACUUCUUUCAUGAGGAGGAGAAUUUCAGUCCAGUCCCCAGCAGUAUAAAUGCAAAAGACUUUCAGUGGCUCUGUCAGCAUGGGGAAAUGAAAAUUUUAGAUGGUUGUGGUAAGUCAGUCUUCUUAAAUAGGGACCUUGGUAUGAUCCAGGAAGUGCCAUAAACCGGGUAUUGUUAUUUCCUUGUCAAAAUUGCGACCUCCACUUUUUAUUUUAUAGAGGGUAGCAUUGUUUCCGAUUUUUUUUGCUGAAGUUAGUUUUGUUAAUAAACUCUACUUCUGCCCUCAACUUAAAGCAGACAUGUUUUUAUUUGACUCUUUUCUUUUAGAAAAAAUUUGAUGGUUUGACUUUGAAAAUUGAUGGUAAUUUGACUCAUUCAUAAUAUUUUUAAGUUAAAAAAAGAAAAUACCAAUUUUAGAUGAAGGCAUAAAUGACAUCACAUCCAAAAUUGGUGAGGUUAGGUCCUGUACGUGAGUGAGAAAUUUUUGUACAAAAUGUUUGUCACAUGUGUCUCAAAAUUACCUAUUAUCGAUAAUGGACUUUUUGUAGCAAGUAACUUGAUUUACACUGGAAAUCCAGCAUAUUAUCCACUAAUAACUAAUUUUAAAACAAAGCAACAAUUUAAAAGUACCAAUACUUAUUUAUCUGAUGCUUUUAUUUUGAGGUAAGCCUAUUAAUUUGGGGGAGUGGGAUAAAUAACCCUAGCCUUAUUAUUAUUACAACCAAUAGUAUAAAUAUAUAUAUAUAUAUCAAUCCUAUAAGCCUAGUAUAGUAUAUAGUAUAGGCCUAGUACCAUCCCAACUUAUUAUUGCAGGACCUAUUAACUAUUAUAGGUAGUGAUAUUUUACUCUAUAUGUAAUCAUAUUUUAUUAUUUAAUAAAAAUUAUGAUUCUUAAAUUUUAAAAUAAAAAUGUUUUUAAAAAAUAUUCACUUAUCUUUGAUAUUGAAAUAUCUUGUCUUCACUCACAAAUCACAAUAUUCCACAAGAAACUAUAUAUUCUAUGGGCUCUAUACAGCUGUAGUAUUUUUAUAUUUUUAAAAAUGUUUUGAAAUGUUCAACAAAGUGCUUAGGCCCUAUCCUAAAACAAUCCUGUUAAGGUUACAGUAUUUUGAGGGUUCAGAACUUCCUUGCCCACCCCUUCAGACAAUAUUUGUGAAGGGGAUCAAAAGGGGAUAUUAGUGACCAGUGAAAGUUGAGAAAUAUUUUUAUAUUUUAUUUAAGUUUCCUUGUUUGACUGAUUUUUCUUUGAUGGAACUUCAGGAUUAUAUAAAAAUAAAUAUAAAAUCUGGUUCUAUUUCCUGUAUUCAUCUGACAUGGUUCACAAACCUUAAAUCUUAUUUGAUUUUAAUGUCCUGAUACCUGUCAUUGUUAAACUUAUUACAGCCAAACAAAAAAAUCAUUAAAAUCAUUUUUAAAAAUCAACUUAAUGUUACAUAGAAAAAGUCAUGUAUACAAUUCUUCAACUCUGCUUACAGUGCCAUGUCCCCCAGGCUCACAUUUGAAUGAAUCUGAAGACAGGUGUGUCCUGUGCGCUGAAGGCUACUAUCAGAACUCCUCCAGUACUACCCAGUGUUUGCUGUGUCCUCAAGGGGCUACACUAGAGCUGGGGGCUUUGACUGAGGCUGAAUGUAAUUUCAUUAAUUUGUUUGUAUAUAGUCUAUAAUUCAAUAUAUUUUAUUAUACAAUUAAAUUUAAAAAUCCAAAAUGAAAGCUGGUUUAAAAAUAAUAAUUAAUUUUUAAUAAUAUUUUUGUUAUAAAAUUAUUCAAAAGAUAACUUAACAUUUAUUAAAUUCCUUCUUGCAGGUGUUGUCUUCCCUGCCAUCAAUGAAAUGAGCAAGUUUCUCAUCAUAACGGCCUGCUCGUUUGCCCUGAUCUUCUUGUGUAUGGUAUUUUUCAUGUAUCUACAAUACCAUCACCAACACAAACACCCUAAAGAAGAAAAGAAAAUUGCUAACAACAGCAGAUAUUUGACAGCCAAUGUUUAUGCUCACCCACCAGUUCCUAAUGAGAAAUGUCCUGACUACAUAAGGACAUCGACCCGGGACUUCAUGAUGGGCACACAUGAUUAUGAGGAUAUUGAUGGUCAGCACAAGUCAACGUUUGAAACAUUCUCUCGUCGACCCCCCGGCUGUGGAGAUUCCCUGAGCUCAUUCAAGGCUCACACGGACAUGACAUUCCUACAGACGGGAUCUCCCAACUCAAGCUCUCUGAGAACCUCUGAUGAGACUCUCAUGCCGAACUCACCCAGAGAAAGCGCCAAGUCCUUCAACCUUUAUGGUGAUGGUGGGUUCCAGUACACGAUAUCCCCUAAUGGAACAAUGGGCUCAUUUAAAGGAUCUCCCCCCUCCUCUCCCUACAGAAGUCUCCGCCUCACUGCAAAUGGUCCUAUACCUAGAGGUCCUUCAGAGUCCCCAACACCAAACACUCCAACCCUGAACUCACUUCUAGGAGAUGAGAGUCCCUACACUAGCAGGCUCAUCCGUGAUCGUCUGAUUGACCCAGAUAGUCCUUACAGAAUUAUCUCCCAUGACCGUAGAACUGGAAGUGAGAGUCCAUACAAGAUGACGAGAAGACCUGACUCGGACAGCCCGCAUCACAUGUUAUCUCUGGACACAAGUAAUCACAAUGAGAGCCCAUAUCGAAUGGUAGGCAAGGAGUCUCCCUACAGGAGCCCUGCUCUACAACGUGAAUUGGCUCAGUCUUUUAACAGGGCCGCUUCCGACAUGGGCAUGAGAAGUCCGUCCUACCCACAAGUCAUUGAUGCGCAGAGCUCACUUCGGUCCAUGCCGGAGACAUCCAGCAUACAUCGGCAGAUGACACUGCCUAGAGAUGAAGGCAGUGCCUUCAUGCCCGUGGGAGAUUUCCUGUACAAAAGACCGCCGUCUCCUUUAUCUCCUCCCAUAUCAAGUAGAAAAUCCAAUGACUCACUGCAGAGAUCUCCUUCAACACCUAGGGCUUCACCGGGCAUGUCACGGAAACGUAUUGAGAACCCUUACAGAACCCCUCCCAUGAACCAGCGCAGGAAGGGCAAAAAUGAGUUUGGAAUAUACGAGUAUGAGUAUGAUUGAGGACAACUAACAAUCAUAUAAUAUUCAGGUGGACCAUUCUUCAGCCUAUGGCUAUUAUGAGCUUUACCUAAUGAGUCACCAGUGGUGUGUCCUUAAGUCAUCAGAGCUUUACAAAAAUAUCUAUACUUAAGUAGUAAUUACUUCUGCAACAGUCAAUAGCAAUCUCUUAAUUCUAGCGUCCAGUUUCAAGUUACCCGGCUUCUGAAAAUCUAAAAUACUGUAAGACUUUUCUCAUAUCACAAUGUAUUUUAAUGUUAUUCAGAUUUGGUUUAAAUAUUAUAUUACAAAAUGGGCAAUUUAGUUAUAAAAUAUAAAAUAUAAAAUGCACUGUAUGAAUUUAUAAUUUUAAGAAUCUCACGCUUCCAUUUUGAAUUAUCUGAGAGUAGUUAGUAGCUAAUGAUAAUUAUUCUAUCUCUAUGAACUUGUUAAGAAAGUUGCAAACAAAAAAGAAUUGAGCUGUAAAAAUUACAUCAUUAUGUGAGAAAGUUGACAGAGCAUUUCCAUAUCAGAAGUCCUUUUUAUUUUACAAUUAUAAAAUACAACAAAUAAUAAUUUAAAGACCUUUUUACACAAUUAACUGCCAACUGGUAUUUAUUGUCCCUUAAGCUAGGGCCACCUAGUGGGGAUAACUCACAUCUGCUAGUUGAUGCAACUGUGUUUAAUAGUGCAUCUCCUUGAUGCCCAAUAAUCUUAAUUAAAUUCAAUGUAUCUUCAAAAUUAGGAAUGGACUAAAUAAAUAUUCUUUUUCUGUGGCAUGGAAUCUGCAGUAGAAUGUGUCUAAUCGUAGACAUUGCUACACUGGGGUGAGUAUGGCAGAAUAUUCUUCCAGUUGCAGAGGGGUCUGCUGGUACAUUUGAUUUACUAUUCUUAUUAUUCUGUGAAACCAAACUGUUACACAGUAGUUGGACACUGAGCGAGUGGGUGGCACCAGACGUUUUGUGGAAUGAAAAAUAUAGAAAUGAGGGAUGAAAACUAGAGCAAUUGCCAUAUAUGGUAUGUUUGUACAUACUGGUCAUUGGCUGGUUGAGGUAAUAAUAGUACUGGUCAUUGGCUGCUUUAUGUUAGAAUGGUGACAGUUUUUUUAUGGUAAAGAUAUUAAAUUUAAUAUGCAGUGCUUAUUUGUUUAUCAUCCUAUGCCUAUAGUUAGACUCAUCUUAUGGUUAGACUCAUCUUAUGGGUAGACUCAUCCUAUGAAGGAAACUGUAGGAAAUAAACUACAUCAAAUGAAAUAAAGUAACAAUUUUAUGCCAAAACAUAAAAACAAAAAUGAAUUUUAAAAAAAAGCUUUUUUAUUUCAAGGGCAUGGAAGUGUAAAGAAUUUCUUACUAGUCUAUCAAUGGAUAGUAACAUUAAAUAUCUGCAACUAAAGUCAUUGGCUGGUCAUUGGCUGGUUGAGGUAAUAAUAGUACUGGUCAUUGGCUGCUUUAUGUUAGAAUGGUGACAGUUUUUUUAUGGUAAAGAUAUUAAAUUUAAUAUGCAGUGCUUAUUUGUUUAUCAUCCUAUGCCUAUAGUUAGACUCAUCUUAUGGUUAGACUCAUCUUAUGGGUAGACUCAUCCUAUGAAGGAAACUGUAGGAAAUAAACUACAUCAAAUGAAAUAAAGUAACAAUUUUAUGCCAAAACAUAAAAACAAAAAUGAAUUUUAAAAAAAAGCUUUUUUAUUUCAAGGGCAUGGAAGUGUAAAGAAUUUCUUACUAGUCUAUCAAUGGAUAGUAACAUUAAAUAUCUGCAACUAAAGUAAAUCACUUUGUAACCAGCCAGGGAAGAUAAUUCCCUUUACUCUGGGCAUAUCAUCAUCUGUGGUAAACUAUGAUCUUCUUUUAAUCAGUCCAAAUUUAACCUAUCCCACUUUAACCUGCUCCACUUGGAUCUGCCCCUAUAUGUGGUGAAAAAUUAUUCAUUCCAUUAAAAAAAUUAUAGUAAAAAAUGGAAACAUACAACCUAUAUAUUGGUUGAGGGAUAAACUCAUUUUUGUUUGCCAUUAUCUUAUGCUAGUGGUUCUCAAAAAGUGUGCCACAACAUACAAGUGUGUCAUGGAAGUUUCACAGAUGAGUCACAAAAUUUGUAAACAUGCUAUAGAUAGUGUUGUCUCAAAGCAAUGACUGCUUCCAUUGACGAGUCACAUCACAUAUUAAUCUUAUAGUCAGACAAUUUGUGGCUAAAUUUACUUUAAGAGUAGAAUAUCCAUUAUCGAACACAUUUGUUAAAAACCAAUUCUGCUUUCCUAAAUGUGGAUAUAUUGAUGUGUACAUAAAGACGUAAAGAAUUUUUUUUAAAAUUCCCAAGUGUAAAAAAUGUACCUAAAACUGAUGUAAUUAAUCAUUUUGAUGUUUUUGGAUUGAUAUAUUUUUAAUGGCAAUGGUGUUCGUAUAGAGACAACUUUUUUCCUUAACUAAAAUAAUAAAAUUAGAGGGGAAGAAUUAUAUGAUUUCAAAUCUUAUACUAGAAGUGAGGCAUGCAUAUUAUAAACAGUUAGGUAGUAUAACCAAGCUAUGAAUAGACAGAUAGUAUAACCAAGAUUGUUUGGUAGUUCAUUUGAGAUAUCACUAUAAUUUUUAUGGGAAAAUGUUGGAUUAUUUUUAUUUCAUUAUAAAUUUGGCUCAAAUCAUCUGUCAUCCUAAAGUUUUCAAUUAUCAGUAAUAUCAGUGUAAUUACCAAUUUUUGGUUUCAUUUUAAAAUAACGUGUCAUGGAUAAUCUCAAAU